CGCCAAUGGGGCGGGUGUUAUAGGGCCGAGGGUCUCCCUCCACCCAAUCACAGAGGAUGGGGUUCUGGGCAGCUCGCGCCAAGCUGGAUCUAACAAAGAAAUGCUGGAGAAACUCGAAACGUUCACCCUGUCCAUUCUCCAGGGAGGAUGCUGGGCUGGUGUGUACAGGAGCUUCCACGCUGAGGAGGGUAUCAGAAGGGGGCAGAUUUGCAGACGAGAAAUGCAAAAGCAUCAUCAUUUCGAUAACAGACACUCGAUUCAUCAGGACCUGAAUAUCACUGCACGUUUAAAGGGAGAUGGAAAAAUAUUUUCAAUAUCGGUGUGACUGGAAAAAAUCACUUGUGAACACACCCUAGUGAGACAUACAAGUGAACUGACUGUGGAAAGAGCUUUAACCAGGUAAAAGGCAUCACAUCAUUUACAGUGGGAAAAACUGUGUUUGUGAACAAUCGUACAACCAAUGUUCAGACAUGGAGAAAUAAGAGGAUAGCAGAACAAUGAAGAAACCAUGGAAAUGUGGGGACUGUGGGAAAGGAUUCAAGCAGCCGUCUCUGCUGGAAAUCCAUCGGCGCAGUCACACCGGGGAGAGGCCAUUCACCUGCUUCGAGUGUGGGAAGGGAUUUGCUGCUGCCUGCAAUCUUCAGACACACCAGCGGCUUCACACUGGGGAGAGGCCGUUCGUCUGCUCGGACUGCGGGAAGGCAUUCAGUGAUUCGUCCAGUCUGCGCAAGCACCAGCGCGUCCACACCGGGGAGAGACCAUUCACCUGCACGGAGUGUGGGAAGGGGUUCAUUGAUUCAUCUAACCUCUUAACGCACCAGCGGCGCAGCCACACCGCAGAGAGGCCGUUCGCCUGCUCUGAUUGCGGCAAGGGAUUUGGUGAUUCGUCGUCCCUGCUGACCCACCAGCGGGUUCACACCGGGGAGAGGCCGUUCGCCUGCUCCGAGUGCGGGAAGGGGUUCGGUGACGCAUCCACCCUGAGGAAGCACCGGCGUGUUCACACCGGGGAGAGGCCGUUCACCUGCCCCGAGUGCGGGAAGGGGUUCACGCAGUCCACGCACCUGUUGACACACCAGCGGGGUCACACCGGCGAGAAACCGUUCGCCUGCUCAGUGUGCGAGAAGAGAUUCACCCGGUCAUCCACCCUGCAGACGCACCAGCGAGUUCACAACGGAAAGAAGCCAUGGAAAUGUGUGGACUGUGGAAAGGGGUUUAAUUAUCCAUCCCAACUGGAAUCUCAUCGACGCAGUCACACCGGGGAGAGGCCAUUCACCUGCUCUGAGUGUGGCAAAGGGUUCAAUGAUUCAUCCAGCCUGCAGACGCACCAGCGGGUCCACACCGGCGAGAGGCCGUUCAUCUGCUCGGUGUGUGGGAAAGGAUUCACAGAUUCAUCUAACCUGCAGAGGCACCGGCGUACUCACACCGGGGAGAGGCCGUUCACCUGCUGUGAGUGCGGGAAGGGCUUCGGUGAUUCGUCCAGCCUGCUGACCCACCAGCGGGUCCACACCGGGGAGAGGCCGUUCAUCUGCUCCGAGUGCGGCAAGGGCUUCGCGCAGUCAGCGAACCUGCUGGCCCACCAGCGGGUCCACACCGGCGAGAGGCCGUUCACCUGCCCCGUGUGCGGGAAGGGCUUCAGCCAGUCAUCCAACCUGCUCACCCACCAGCGACUUCACACCGGGGAGAGGCCCUUCAGCUGCUCCAUGUGCGGGGAGGGAUUCGACGACUCGGCUGCCCUCCAGAGCCACUGGCAGGUUCAUUCCGGGGAGAGGCCGUUCACCUGCGCGGAGUGCGGCAAGGCCUUCGCUCACUCCUCCCACCUGCUGAAGCACCAGCGCAGUCACACCGGGGAGAGGCCCUUCACCUGCUCUGACUGCGGGAAGGGCUUCACCCAGCUCUCCAACCUGCUGACCCACGGGCGCACCCACACCGGGGAGAGGCCGUUCACCUGCUCUGACUGCGGGAAGGGCUUCACUCAGCUCUCCAGCCUGCUGACCCACAGGCGCACCCACACCGGGGAGAGGCCGUUUGCCUGCACGGUGUGCGGGAACGGUUUCAGCGAUUCGUCCACCCUGCGCAAACACCGCCUGGUGCACACCGGGGAGAAGCCCUUCACCUGCACCCUGUGUGGGAAGGGGUUCACCUCUUCCUCCAACCUCCUCAGGCACCAGAGCGGUCACACCAACGAGAGACCCCUGCAAGCACACUGACUUGGGCUGGCGCCCCGAUGGCACUGAAGGGCCGAGGGGGGAGAGGGCAUUACGGCUGCUUCCGCAGCACCAAGAGAUUUGGGUAGUGUGUACGCACCAGCGAGUUCACAAGAGAUUCAAGGAUCCAAUUCUGACAUUCAGGACUGAACCAUGUCCGUUCUGAUUGCUGGGGUCUCUGUUUCCACUGACGAUAAUAAGUGAGC